CUUUGUUUUGGAAAUUUUCGCACAACCCGACAACCAAAACCUGGGCACAGCAGCGCUGUAGAAUUGAACAGCAGCAGCACAAACGUCGUUCCAAUCGCGUACAUUGAGCGUAUACCUACUUCCUCUACAGCGUGACAACUCUACAGCAGGGGCAAAAGGUCGCACGUUCAAGACUGGCGAUGCAUUGCCGCUCGCCCCUGGUCAUCAGCACCGCCCUGCUGGUGACCAUUUUGGCGCUGUUGUCCCCGCCCGCCACAGCGAUUGUGGAUAUCCCGCGCUUCUUUUCCGAAGCCACUCCGCACUCAACCCUCACUCAAGCAGGCACAUAUCCAAGCCUGAAAGGUGACGUGGUCAACUCAAACGAUGCCGCAACCUUGUCCAUGUCUGCAUGGAUGCGCGCCUCUUUUUCCACCAAUACCGGCGGCACCCAGUUGCUGUGGGAUGUUGGCAGCAGCGUGACGGGCGUAUCGCUCGUGUACACGGCCACCAACACCGUGCGGGCCACCAUGUGCAGCGCCGGCCAGGUGAUACUUGCCCUCGAACACAACAUCACCGCAUCACACCUGGACGCGGGUGCGAACGUGGACGUCGUGUUCUCGCUCGACCGCCGUACGGACGGCGUGGUGAACCAGACUGCGCGCCUGCGUGUAGGCGACGAGGAGCACGUGGCUGUCGUCGACAUGACCCCACUGUGGAGCGAUAGCGACGCAACCGCGUUUCUGGCGCCCAUGUCCAGCAACAUCUGCACCGGUUCUGCUGGUGCUGUCGUUGACUUUGCCGACGGUCAGGCGGACCUGGACCUUGGCCUCAACAUCUAUACCAACUGGUUCUACUUUGACAAGCCCGUGACAGGAGACUGGUACAGCACGGACCGGCCCCGCGCCCAGUUUGGCAUCCCACCCGAUCUGCAGUACUUGGAGGCGGGCGACUACGCCAGCAUCAACGACGAGUCAUUCAACGGCAAGCAGAACGCCGACGUUGCUCCCAUCACGUUCUACGUGUCUGUGCAGCUGCACCCGAAAUACCUCAACGUGGACGGCUCACCUCCCUCGCCGGAGGUGCUGAUUGAGAUUGGCGGGCACAAGGUUGGCCUGUCGCUGUUCUACGCCGCGCCGCACACACUCGUGCUCAACAAGUGCGGCGGUUCCAUCACGAUUGUGUACGAGGUGCCGGAGGAGCUCACAGGCACCGGCGACAGCACGCCGUUCCUGGAUAUCAUGUUUGGACGCGAUUUCAGCGACAACCUCUUUCUUGUUGUCAACGGAGAGGCAGUGCCGCCUGUUGCGCUCGGCGCUGCGAAUGAUAUUGCGGGCACAGACCGGUCGGGCGUGCUGCAGAUUGUCAAGAACUACUGCAAUGGUGAUGGAAGCUACGUCAACUCGCGCAACGAGGGCGUUGAGUUCACCAGCGGCACGGUGGACUGGAACAUUGGCUUCAGCUUGUGGGUGGAGGAGGUCUACGACCCCGCCCUCACUACCGAUCCAUCAAUCUGCCAGCACGGCGUAAUCCUGACGAAGCACUCGACAGGCCUGGCCUACUGCUCCUGUCUGCCUGGUUUUGGCGGGAUGCGGUGCGAUGAGGAGGAUUUGUCCACUCUUCCCGCCACGUGCUACGAGUCAGAGGCGCCGUUGACGACAGGACCGCAGCUGCUUCGCCCAAACCCAACAGCAUCGCCCAUUGCCCUCUACUGUGACAUGGACUACUGGGGAGGCGGCAACACGAUGUGCGGCAAGUUCCUGCGGGACAACACUGUAGGAAAGCAGUUCCUUGACAGCGAUUUUGGUCGUGUAACGAGUGAUGAUGCAGGCUCCUACGACCUGUCCUCCCUGGCCAACUCUGCUUCCACCGGGUACCAGGCGUCCCAUGAUUGCCGCCAUCUGAUUGAGGGGCGCGAGCAGGGUGUUUUUAUGAACGCCGGCAGCGACAAGGACGGCAGCAGCAUGAUGGACGCGGUGCUGUUCACCACCAUCCUCCCAGAGGUGCUGCGCAAUGCCAGCAGUCUCCUCGACGUGCGCCAGCGACCCGACGCGCUCGUUGGCGACGUCGGGUGCCAGGCAGGUGUGUUGGAUGUGUUCACGGCUGAUGGCGAGGCGGCCACGACUUUGUACCCGUUUGACCUCACCGGUGCCGCCCUUGUCAACACCAGCACCAUGUGGGUCAACUACGCCAAGGACGGUGCAAUCAUGUCAGCGUCCGCCACUGACUCGUGCAUGGACACGGGCGAGAACUUGGUGUUCUGGGGCUUUGAGGAUGCAAGCGGCCGUGUGCCCAACUAUCGCUGCAGUUCGCAGGGUGUGGUCACCAUUGGCACAUACUGUGGCGCAGCCAGCGCCCCCAGCUUCAGGAACAACUACCUGCUGGUGAAAGCGACGCCGCCAGCGCGGGAUCAGGUGAAGGCGCUGAUUGGCGAGGCAGACUGGACGCUGCGCUCGUUUGGUGCAGCCACCAGCACACCCACUGCGUUCAGGCAGCAGUCAGCCACGUUGGAGGUGGUGACCAACUUUCUCAAGGUGCCUGUGGGCCAGAGCGAGCUCAUCUUCACGGUGGGCACGGCCAGCAACGGUGUUACGGUUGCAUACGCGGCCCCAUACAACCUCCAGCUCUUCUUCUGCGCCGACAGCGUCACCCAACAGGAAACGUUUCGGUUGCACGACUUCCACAUUACGGGUGGACAGCAGAGCUUGGCCCUGUCUUUACUCAAGCAGACAAACGCGUACGCCGUUGUUCUCUACGUGGACUUUGUCCCCGUUGCAGUCACGGGCGCUGUGGUGUCCAACGGGCAGUGGGCAGGCAGCGACAGCAUAAGUUUCUUCAGCACCGCAUCCGGUGUGUGUGGAGGAACCUUCCGGGCCCCAGUGUCACAGCGCGUGAACCCUCUUCGUGGCCUGCGCAUGUGGACGGGCAAGGCAUUUUCCAACGAGGACCGGUGCGCGCUGACAAACGCGUGCUUCAACGGCGGCACGUGCCUCAACGGCUGGUACGACCCGCCGCUGUGCGAGUGCGCCCCUGGUUUCACGGGGCCGGCGUGCGCGGAUGACAUUGACGAGUGCGCGUCGCCGAGCCUGAACAACUGCCACAAGUACGCCGACUGCGAAAACGUGCCGUCCACGUUCACCUGCCGCUGCAAGUUUGGCUUCACGGGCAACGGCACGCACUGCAUCGAUGUCACCGACCCGGCCAUCACGUGCCCGGCGUCUGUGGUGUCGACGGACGUGUUUAUCAGCUGGAGCAGCCCCAACGCCACAGACAACGUGGACGACGGCGUGAGCGUUUCGUGCGACACUAGGCCGCAGACGUUUCCCAUUGGCACAACGGCUGUCACGUGCACGGCUACGGACGCAGCAGGCAACCAGGCGCAGUGCAGCUUUGACGUGACUCGACUGGAUGCGCAGCCACCCGUGUUUCCAGAGUGCCCCGCGGCGAUGGUGGUGGGCACUGACCGGUUCUCAAACAAGCACACGCUCUCCUAUGCUGUUCCGCUUGCCAUUGACAACCACAUUCCCAACGUGCCAGUGACGUGCACGCCCGAACCGGGCGAGGACGUGGCAAUUGGCACCACGAGCGUCACGUGCGUUGCCGACGACGGAAGGAAUCGGGCGUUCUGCAGCUUCAGCAUCACUGUGGAGGACCAAGAGCCGCCGCUCCUCAGCUGUCCUGGUGAUGUGCAGACGACGGCGCCACCGGGAGCCACCAGCGUCAACACCAUUGCCCUGCCCAACCCAACGGCCCUUGAUGCUGUGGACAACGACCCGAGCAGCCUCGACGUCUCGUGCAAUGCAACCGCGAACCAGCCUUUCCUGGUCGGCUACACCGUGGUCGAGUGCUCGGCGGAGGACACGAGCGGCAACAGGGCGACGUGCACGUUUGAGGUUGUUGUGCGCGACGAGACAAACCCGACAGUCACAUGCCCUGCAAACAUGGGCGUGGCCACGGACGCCGGCAUGCCAACCGCAGUGGUGGACACGGUGUCGCUGCUGACGGCAUCCGACAACGGACGCAUUGCGCGCAAGGCGUGCACGUGGGACGCCAGCACGCCCAUGCCCAUUGGCAGCAACACGGUGACGUGCGAGGUGGAGGACGAGUUUGCCAACAGCGCGUCCUGCUCCUUCACCGUGACGGUGAGCGAUGCGGAGCCACCCGUGAUUGUGUGCAGCAACAACGUGACGGUAAGCACGGAGGUCAGCGUUGCGGACGCCGCUGUCACCUUUGGGCUGCCGAGUGUGAGCGACAACUCUGGCCGCGUGGCCUCUGUCAGCUGUGACACGCCAACGCAAGGGCGCUUUGGUAUUGGCGAGACGAUCGUACGCUGCUCUGCGCGUGAUGUCGCCGGCAACAGCGCCUCGUGUGCGCUCAGCAUCAGCGUGAUGGAUACAGAGCCACCUGCACUCGGGUGUCCGCCUGCGAUGUCGGUGUCCACAGACGCUGGUCUGAGCACGGCCGCCAUUGAGUUUGCACCCACCGCAAGCGACAACAGUGGUAUGUCGGUGGCCAUCAACUGCACAGUGCCUUCGCCGGCCGACCUUGGCGUGGGGGCGUACGCCGUUGCCUGCAGUGCUGCGGAUGUGUCUGGCAACAGGGCGACGUGCACGUUUGACGUUGUUGUGUUUGACGAGGAGCCGCCGGUGCUGUCGUGCCCCGACUCGCUGCAGCUCAAGGCCCCAGGCAAUGCCACGUCCGUUGUUGCCAACUGGACUACUGUGGCUGCCGCAGACAACAGCGGAGAGCCCGUCACUGUGACAUGCUCGCACAACGUUGGCGACGCCCUGAACGUGAGCGUGCACCACGUGGACUGCAGCGCAAGGGACGCGUACGGCAACACGGACGAAUGCGCGUUUGUGGUGACCGUUCAAUCGGACCUGGCGCCGACGGUGACAUGCCCCAACGACAUUGUCACCCAGACGUCGCUUGGCACGUCUGUGGCCGUGGUGCGCUGGGCUGAUGCCGCCACUGCCGUGGACAACGCCGAUGCGACGCUGCCCACACGAUGCUUUCCACCAGCGGGCCGGCGCUUCGAGAUUGGCGCGCACUUUCCAUACUGCAUGGCGGUGGACGCCAGCAGCAGGGUGGGCUACUGCUCCUUCAAGGUGACGGUGUUGGAUGUGGAACCGCCCGUGUGGGAGUGCCCGGACCACAUCACCAUCACGACGGCGAGAAACGAGAGUUACGGUGUUCUCAACGCCACCACGCCGACUGUCAGCGACAACUCGGGCCAGGUGGUGGCGCAGUCGUGCACACACGCGCACGGGGAUUUGCUGCCUUUCGGCGACACGACGAGGCGGUGCGAGGCAGCCGACCCUUCUGGAAACAGGGCGGUGUGCAACACGACCAUCACGGUGGUUGAUGCGCAGCCCCCGUCCAUCACAUUUCUUCAACCGGACCUGGUCGUGGAGACCAAGUUCCGGGAAAGCUACGCCGUGGUGGUGCUGCCUGAUCCCGUGGCGUGGGACAACGUUGGUGUGACGCGCGUGAGCUGCAACGCCAGCUCCGGUGCAUUUGCCAUUGGCGUGCACCACGUGCGCUGCGAGGCGGAGGACGCGGCUGGCAACACCAACGCUGGACAAUACCGCGUCACCGUCGUUGAUGUGGAGCCACCGGUGCUGACCUGUCCCCAAUCCAGGGUGGUGGUCGUGAGGGCGGGACCGGGUGGUGAUGUCGACGGCGACAGCGCGUUUUACCUCAGCACAACCUCGCCUGUCACAACGACAGAUGUCAGAACAGCACCCGUGAUACCAACGACACCCACUGCUGGCAUGACCAUGCCAGGCCUUGCGACCAUGAAUGUCAGCGCAUCCAAGACUGCGACCAGCACCGCAGCAACAUCAACGACAACGACAACAACGACAACAACGGAGAGCGAACCGUCUGCAGCUGCAAAGUCCCGCAGCAGACGUGAAACGUCUCGGACGGGUGAAGACAACACGCUCACGCUGUUGCUUGUGGGCACGCGGGAGUUGUUCACAGUGUAUUAUGGUGACAACAGUGACAGCGACAGGCAAGCGGCGAGCAUCACCAUCUCCUGCGUGGUUGUGGACGGCUCACCUGCCCUUGGUGUGGGUAACGUGACACGGGUGCAAUGCAGUGGCGUGGAUGCGUCCAUGAACGAGGCAUCCUGCUCCUUCCUGAUUGCUGUGCAGACGGCGGACGCGCCAGAACUCGCCUGUGACGGGCCCGUGACAGUGGUGGCAGUAGACGGCACAGCAGCGCCCGUUUCUGUGCAGGCGCCAGUGCAGACGAGGGCAUCAGAACCUCUGGCACUGAGCGUGGCGGAGUGCGUGCUGCCGGCAAGCAGCGAGCUGCCUGUUGGGGAGCACGACGUGGUCUGCUUUGGGAAGGUGGUUGACCUUGUGCCGGCAACCUCCUCCGCCGCUCCAACAACUGCAGCGCCAGCGAGUGAUGACGACGACACUGCUGUCGGCACCAGCACCAACAGCGACGGCGACGACGAUGAUGACUAUGAUCAUGUUGCGUCUGCACCCACGACUCUGCCAGCAACAUCAGAGUCGUUUAUUGGCUUCUGCUUCUCACGUGUGUAUGUGCUUGAGGCGACACCGCCGGACAUUGAGUGCCCCUCCGAUGUGCGAGUGGCUCUGCCAUCUACACCGCUUGCACAAACGGCUGCUGUGGUCUUGUUGGACCCCGCUGCAUCCGACAACGAGGGCCUGGCUGGCGUGUCAUGCAGCGAGCCCAACAUUGCGUCGUUCCCCGCGGGGCGUCACACAGUCAACUGCACGGCUGUGGAUGUGUAUGGCAACCGCGCCACGUGCGGCUACACGGUGACGGUGAUUGAUGAGCACCCGCCUGUGCUGGAGUGCCCGACGCUCGUCUCGACGACCGUCUCUCGUCUCACGGAGGCAGCCGUUGCAGUGGACAUUGGGAUCAUCGAGGCACGCGACAACACGGGUGCAACAUUCAGCACCGCUGACAGCAGCAGCAACGGCGGCGGUGACGGUCUCGUUGGCGACUUGGUUGUGGCCUGCAGUGCACCCGCUGGCGGCCGCUUCCCCGUCGGACAACGCACGGAGGUGACGUGCACCUCGACAGAUGCAGCCGGCAACACGGGCACAUGCGCAUUUGCGGUCGAGGUUGGCGUGGACUGCAUUGGCCAGUGGUCGGAGUGGGUGUGCGAGCGCUGCCCAAACAGGGUGGAGCACCGGGCGUUCCAAGUGAGCGCCUUCCCAGUCCUGGGUGGGGCCGCGUGUCCGGGAGAGCAGCAGCGAGCGUGUGUCGAUGCAGAACCAUGCUUCUUCCUGCGCACGUCCUUGGUGAUCGGGCCCGUCCUGGACAUUGAUGCGGCCAUGGGGCCACUUCGUGCAGACUUGGUCGCGUUCUUGACCGAUGUCCUACCGCAGAUUGCGCGCGUGUAUGGGGUUGAGUAUGACGAGGCGAUGGCGUCAAUGACCAUUGAGGGCGUUUUCGCCACAUCCGCCCCCACACCAGCCGUCACCAUCAGCGACACGACCGAUGCCAGCAUCAGCAACAGCAACAGCGCCAACACCGUGGACGACGACGGCGCUGGUGAUGCUGCGGCGAACGGGAUGCGCCGAAGAAGCAGUGAUGACGAUGACGACGAUGGUGGCAGUGCUGGUGAUGAUGACGGCAGCAUUGCGGAGGUUGUCAAGGACCACUUGAAGGUGUCUGUGCUGAUUGACGCUGAGCGGACGCCUGCACUGGCAAUGCUUGAUGCACUUGAGGCGACAAUGAGCGACAGCAGCAACACGGCGGCGGUGGCGGCAAAUGAGGUGUUGGCGAUCCUGCGCGCGGGCGACCCCGAAGAUGUGUUCGAGGACGUAUCCGUGGCGGUGUUCACCAGCGUGACGGCGCAGUCUGUACUUGAGACCACGAGCACAACAGUCUUGACGACAUCCAACACCCCGACAACCGUUGGGUCCAGAACUGAAACGUCACUGCAGGCGCAGGUACCGCUCAUUGCAGGGGUGUGUGCCGCUGCGCUCAUCCUCGUCGUCCUGAUUGUGGGCGCGGUUCUGGUGCGCUUGAGGAAGGACGAACCAAUUGUGCUGGCGCGUCGCAGUCCGUCCACGCGGCGACACCGCACCAGCACGCUCAAGCGCAGUGACAUUAUCAAGAUCAGAGGCCUGCAUCAUGAGGAGGAGGCGGAGUACCUCGAGAUGAACACCCUCAACAACCCGCUGUACGACAGCAAGGACGGCACCAACGGCAGCGAUGGUGAAGAGGAGGAGGACUUGUAUGAUGUGGUGCGCGCACCCAACGCAUCGGAUACGUCAAGUGACGACGAUGACGACAUCAUGGGCAAGGACAUGUUUGACUUCGCUGGGGAUGAGGAUGAGGAGGACGCCGAUGAUGGUUUCGGUCUCUUUGGCGGCACUGUGGAGCGCAAUGACUACAGCAGUGCGAAUAACAUGCCAGUGGAGGAGAUGAGCGAUGAUGAUUUGGAUGCGCAAGUGGACAUGGACAUGGUCGCUGCGUUUGAGCGCCGUGAUCCGCUGGGCUUGUCCGCGAACAAGAACCGCAACAGCAGCUACGGCGGCGACAGUGGCGAUGAUGAUGAUGAUUAUGAUGACAAUGAUGGCGAUGGCGAUGACGAGGAGGACAUCUCGGGCCUGUUUGGGUUUGGGCAGCAGGAUCCCAUUGUUGCCGAUCUGAUGGACGGGCUCAUGUCAUCGGAGAAGAUGAUCAACCACCGCAAGAUCCAGAACCUCGAGGAGAAGAACAGGGAGUUGCAGCGGCAAUUGUCCAUGUACACAUCCCAGCAGCCCUCACCCAUGCGCGGUGCAUCGCUCACAGAAGGUCCCGUGAUGACAAGCACACCUGUGCCUGUUGGCGUUGCUGAUGACGACAAGAACGCGCCGUCGCGUGUGUCCGUGGAGCGACCGGCAACGCUGUGGAUGGACGAUGGCGAUGGCGAUGGCGAUGAUGAUGUGGUGCCGCCUGGUGGUGUUGAGACGAGUGCAGACGAGUGGCUGCCAAGGUAG